AUGCCGCGAAAAAUGGAAAAUUUGUAAAAUUUCUGUUUUUAAAACCCGUAAAAACCAUUUCGUGCGUGAUAACAUAAAAUUCAAGUUGUUUGCCAACUUCCGCUGUCGAUCCCGUUAGAAAAAUAGCCCUCGCGGCCGUGAAAACCGUGGAAAUCUGCAGCGCGCAUUUUUCUUCCAAAAUUCGAGACGGGAAGGAUUCUAAAUUCUUUUCCCACGUUGUGCCAAAUGUGUCCGUGAUAAUGCGAGCAGAAAAUGAAUCUGUAAAGUCCAGCAAACCGGUGGCCAUGGCAUCACAUUCCAAGUAUCGAGGCAUCGCGGCUAAACUAAGCGGAGCGAAGCAGAUUACGACCCCGGAUUUGGCAAAGCGACUUAGCGCCGGUGGAGGCAGUUCAAAAACGAAGCUAAAGAAACAGGAGUCAGCCAAAGAUGCCAAGGAUCUGCAGAAACGACUGCGCGCUCUGGGAAGUCAGUGCCCGGUGUUGCAGGAUGCGAAAUUAAAGAAUCACACAAAGGAACCACCUUCCGUUGCUCCGCAAACUGCGCCUGCGGCUCUCGAUGCGAACCUAGAUGAAGAUACGGAAAUGCUGGAUUUAAGCGAAUCAGUACCUCAGCCUGCCAGCAGAGACAGUCUACCUCCUGCCCACACGAUGGGAAUCACCGCUGAAUGGGGGUUCUGCCAACCGCAUCCGGAUCUUUCUCCGAUGACCGCUCCUGCCGCUACAGGUACUGUUGCUGCUGCUCCUGAGACCGAAUCAAAGCUGACCACCAAAUAUAAAGAGAAAGCAUCGGCCUUCAUUAGCUGCAUGUUUGUCGUUCUGGAUACCUGCGUGUAUCUGAAGCAUAUCGAAAGUAUUAUGAGCGUACACGGACAGCCGGUGCCAGAGUCGAAACCUCAACCGAUUUUAGUAAUUCCGUACAAGGUACUGCAAGAGCUGGAACACGUUCCCCAGAAGAAACCAUGGUUGGCAUCGGUGGCAGCGAAAGCGCACGAAUUCUUCAGCAAAAAGCUGCUCAAACGUGACAAGCACAUCAUCGGUCAGCGACCAACUGAUACAACGGUGAAGCUGAUCGACACCAUUUCACCAGAUGAUUCCAUUCUCAACUGUGCGCUACAGGUGCAGCGUGCAACCGCCGCACAGGUUGUGAUUGUAUCGGAAGACUAUAAUCUACGCUCUAGAGCCAUCGCUGCCGGUUUCAAUACGUACGAUUGGGAGAGAUACUGUCGGGACCAGGACCGCACUUUCUGAUACAACAGCACGGCGCUAGUCGCCUACCGGCACGCACUUCAUCGAAUGGAGAUGCGUUGUUUCUUAUGACGACUGAUGACCGCGCAUCACAGUUACGGGGCUGUUGUGCCAUGUUACGGUAAAGCACUUUUGCUUGAAUAUUGAAGGUACAAGCUGCACGCACGAAGCUAGUUAAUGUUAAACUUUACAAACCGAUGGAUUCUAUGAGAGGAAAGGAUUAACGCAAUGAAUGAAAUACAGCAAUUAUUUUUUUUU